GCCAGACGCAGGCUACUAUCUGUCUGCAUUUUAAUACACGAUACAUGGUGAAGUAUCAUGAAGUAUUCUGAACCGAACGCCGUGCAUGAGUUAUACUACGUGCUGUGAUCGGUAGUGAGUAAGAUGAACUGGGGAACCCUCUAUUCUCAGCUGGGAGGAGUUAACAAGCACUCCACCAGUCUGGGGAAGAUCUGGCUGUCUGUCCUUUUCAUCUUUCGUGUCACAAUCCUGGUCUUGGCUGCUGAGAGGGUCUGGGGCGAUGAGCAGUCGGACUUCACCUGCAACACGCAGCAGCCGGGCUGCAAGAACGUGUGCUACGACCACUUCUUCCCGGUCUCACACAUCCGCUUGUGGUGCCUGCAGCUCAUCUUCGUCUCGACGCCGGCUCUGCUGAUGGCCAUGUAUGUCUCGUUCCGCAAGCGCGGUGUCAGGAGAAACCUCAUUGCAAACAGGCGGGACAGACCCACUCAGGAGGAACUGGAGAACCUGAAGAAGAGGCGCCUGCCCAUCACCGGCCGGCUGUGGUUGACCUACACCUGCAGUCUGUUCUUCCGGAUCAUCUUCGAAGCCGGCUUCAUGUACGCCCUCUACUACAUCUACGACGGCUUCCAAAUGCCGCGCCUCGUCAAGUGUGAACAGUGGCCCUGUCCUAACAAAGUGGACUGCUUCAUCUCGAGACCAACAGAGAAGACGGUUUUUACCAUCUUCAUGGUGGCAUCUUCUGCCAUAUGCAUAGUCCUCAACGUGGCAGAGCUCAUCUACUUGAUCAUUAAGAAUCUGAUGAGAUGCUCGACCAAACACAAGAUGAGUCAUGUGUACACGGAUCACGAGUCCAAGGACAAGGCUGUCUCACAGAACAAAAUUAACGAGAGGUUUUUGUCAACUGCUGAUUCCGACGAUAAGGCGACGUAAGAGUCAGUGCAGUCUCAUACCAAAUGGCCCUGGGGACAUUUUAAAUGUUCAACUCAUUUGUUUUGUAUUGAAUAGAAAAGAACAUUAAUGCAUCAUUCAUACUGAGGUAGAACUGCUGUCCUGUCUGAUGAAGUGGAUACAUGCCAUUGGACCUAAACAAACACAGUUUUUGUAAUGAUAAAAAUUAGCCAUGUUUUUACCCCCCACUGCUUUCAGUGCAGUCUCGUGUAUUAUAGUUUUGGGAAAACAUGACCAAUGACGACACCUAGUGGUCAACGAAUGCAGAUGAAGUUGACGCAUGUUGACUACUAUAAGAUGUUUUAAAGUGCUGUCACUAGCUUACAUGGUUGCAUUUGUAAACAACUGGGCAGUAAUUUGGUGCUUCACUCGUAAAGGCCUGGUCUUUAUUGUAGGGGGCUGGUCUCGUGAUUUAUGUGUUCCUCUGUCUAUCGGCUUCUACUAUCCGUCCAACACAUCGUGCUUAUGAUGAAGAAAUAUUUCUCUUUGAGUGGUUCUAUAUAGCCAAAGGUUACUGCGUCGUAGAUUCUCCACUUUCUUGUUUCUUGUUUUGUUAUUGUACCAACCUCUAGAGAUGCAUCUCUCAGUUGGA